AUUUCGCGGUGAUUCCUAUUGUGAUUUUGAAACAAUAUUGGUUCACGUUUCUAAUUUUCAAACGAAUCAUGAUUUCAAUGGUUACAGACACAAUACUCCAAAAUAUAGCAACGUGAAUUCUGUGAUUCCCUACCUUUCCGCGGCCCCACAAGUUUUAUCAUUUGAUUGUGAGGUUUUGGAGGAGUGCCAUUCUCAAAUGGAUUCAGUGUCUCCACCCCCAGCUAAGAAGUUGCGCAAAUUAACAGUUAAGGACAUUGACAUUCCACUGUUAGAAUGCAGACGGGAAUUUACAUUGCCACAACAAUUUCCCAGCAAGGUGAUGUAUAUGAAACCAAUAUGUAAUUUGUUUGCACCUAAGAAUUUAAAUAGUGUAUCAAGCAGGGAAAUGUUAAUGACAAACAAUGUAAAAAAAAUAAGGAUAAUGACACAGAAUGGCAAAGAUCUAGGGGAAGUUAAGCUGAAACUUUUGUCUCCAGACUUAUUAGACAAAACUGUUGCUUAUAAAAAAUUGAAUGUAAACAAUAAAGUGAACAUGCCUGUAACACUUUCAUUUGAAUCUUCGAGAAAAGCAGAUAAAUCACCACAGACACAGGAAAUUCCAUUUUCUUCCAAGAAGAUACUUCUCGAUAUUAAUAAUGAGAAAUGUAAUGCAGAAAAUUUAAGAAAGAAACUAGUCCAGAAUCCAUCUACUUUAACUAUACCUUUAAAUAAUAUUAGCUUGAAUGAUAAUGCACAGGAUAAAAAAGUAUUUGUAUCAAGCAAGAAUCAUUGCGAUUGUGUACACAAUAUUCAAGCAACAAAUAAUGGUAUUCCAAAGUAUGUGAAAGUACAGAAGAAUAAGAUCAUAAUACCACCAAACAUGGUAAACAGUUCAAAUUUACUGACAAAGAAGAAUGGCGAUUUUAAUGGUGCAAAGGAGUCUGUACCAAAAGAGAGUGCAUUAGAAACAUCGACAGCAAACGUCAGUGUCUUAAAGAGACCUACACUGAAAAUUAACACAUUAGAAAUACCUAUAAGAAAAGUGAAUCCAUUAUCAUUGAAACUCACCAAACUAGAAAAUAGGCCAGAAGAACCGGUGUUGAAGACUGCAUUGAAUAGCAAUAAGUUUAAGGAGCAUUUGCCUUUAGUACAAUCGAAAUUUCCUGUAAUAAAGUGUGAAAAGCUUACACUACCGAACAACAGAGUUAAUAUUAACAACAUAGAUAAAGGUGUUGCUGUAAUGGACAGUAACAAACAAAAUUCUGUUUCUGACAGCAAGAUCAUUGAGGGGAGUGAUGAAAGUAACAAAAAUUUAAACACUACAAGACUUUCCAGUAGUACAGAUCUAAACGAAAAUACUCCAAUGAAUACAAGAGAUUUUGGAGUGCAAGUAGCACGCGAGACAAUUACUCAGAUUAAUCAUCGAAACAAACUGAAUUUGGAGAAUACAAUUCAUGGUGAAGACAUUGAUCAUUCUCAGGGAAAAGACUGCAAUUCAUUGUCUACAUUUAAUAAUGUAUAUCCGACCUCUGAAAGUACGGUUAGUAGUACAAAUAAUGGUAAAGACAUAGACAGUAAUGAGGCGAAACAACAGAAACAGGACAACUGGAAUAUAAUCAAAGAAGCGUUAAUCAGCGUGAAAGACGAAGAACUUCGAGCUAAGGCAUUACAAGCUCUCGCGGAUUGUGGUAUAGGCAUAGCAAAGCAUAUUCCGAUUACUCCGCCUGAAAUCUUGAAAACGGUACAUGAUUCUCAGAUUCAAACUGAUGUUUUUGGGCUUCUAGAUUCAAAAAGUUUCGUUCUAGUAAAGGAAGACAUGCCUACUUUACAAAGAAUAAAACAAACGGAGCAGUCUGCGGCAAAUCCGAUGAUUAACAUAAACACAUCGCCAAAACCUACCGUAACAUACUAUAAUAAUAUCGAUAACGAUUACCUUUUACCAGAAAUGUGUUCACUGCCUUUCGAAGAUGAUCUCAGCGAAAUCGAGGAUAACCUAAGUAAGUUGUUCAAUGGAAACGAAGAUGCCAAUAGAGUCAAACAAAUGUUAGCAACGCCACAUCCAUUGUUCAAAAAAGUUAGUUCGCAGUUAAAAAAUGAUUUUGAAUCAAUGCAUCGGUGGGACAGUGAUGGAAUGCUUAGUAUACAUAGAGCGGUGGUGGAUGAUAAUCUUCACGAAGUACAAAGACUAUUAUUUGUGUUAAAAGCAUCUAAAAUGAGCAUUGAUGUAUUAACUAACGAUGGAAUGACAUGUUUGGAGUUAGCAGUCAAGUCUAAUGCAUCUAAAGAAAUAGUGCAGCUGUUAUUGGAAACUGGAGCAAAGCCAGUUUCAUUAGAACCCAUACACGAAUCUGCAAUAAUCAUAGCUAGUAAAUUGUCCUCUCCUUUAUUGCCUAUGCUGUUACAACAUGUUGAAAAUUGUGUCCUAUUGAAUAAGGUAGACUCUAUAGGUUUCGCUCCGUUACACUAUUGUGCACUGUACGAUAAUUUGGAGGGAGUCAACGCUUUAUUGAAAACUAGUGUCAACGUAAACUUAAAAGAUAAUCGUUCGGGAAGAACCGCCUUCUUUCAUGCUCUCGAACAAAAUCACAUAUCGGUGGCGCAAGUACUGUUGGCACACGGCGCUAUCGCGGGUAUACCGAAUUUCUCGGGACAGUCUGUACUGACUUUAGUAGAGGAAAUGAACAACUUUUCGUUGAAAGUAGCAUUAAAAAAAAUACUUUAA